AUGGGUGGUCGACAAUCAAAAACUGCUGUGCUCGGUGUUCAUCCAACUCCGCUCAUCAAGACCGACGGUAAAGCUGAGAGGAGAAAAAAGUUUCGUUCCUUGCGUUCAUCGGGUACACUAGCGUCAUUCGAUGGUAGCCUCAUCAACGAAACAUGGCGUUUCACGGGAGGUGGCAAGAGAAUCCACAAUUUGAAGAAUUCCAAGUCGGUCGCCCCGUUAGUUGAAGAGAUUGAAAGGUUACAGAGACAACAUCGACUGUUCAAGAGGAUCUGGCAGAAUAAUUUCUCGGCUCCCAUUGAGGAAAAAUUAAAAUCUGGUGGCAUUAGAGUUCUCGACGUCGGAUGCGGUCCAGGGACGUGGACAAUUGAAAUGUCAGAGGCAUAUCCUCUCUCCUCGUUCACCGGUGUAGAUUUCACCCCGCUAUUCCCGCAAGAGGGGAAACCCACGAACGCGAAAUUCAUACAGGCCAACAUACUCGAUGGUCUGCCAUUCUUGGACGAUACGUUUGAUUUCGUCAACAUGAGACUUUUGGUAACCGCCUUUACGACCGCGGAAUGGGAACAAAAAGUUAUCCCUGAGCUAAUAAGAGUCACGAGACAAGGUGGAUGGGUGGAGUUCAUGGAAAGCGAUAUUCAAUACUAUAACGAAGUGGUGACAAUCAUGAAAUCCAAGGGAAUCGUUACGCCAAUAAACUCAUAUGUUCCCAAAUCAAUGGAGGCUAACGAAAAGUUUGUUGAAGGUGUUCAGACCGAAGAAAAAUCAUGUUUCGUUGGUCACUGGGCGGGCGAGCUCGGUCAAAUGGCCGUAGACGACAUCACCAAAGGAUGGAGUGCAGUCAAAAUGCCAAUGUCAACGUUGAUGAAAGUAAAAUCUCACGAAUAUGACGAAAUUGUGGCAACAUUCGCCAAAGAAGUCGAGCAAUAUAAAACCUAUUUCAAAACCUGGCGAUUCUUUGGUCAGAAAGUAGUCACCACUGCCUCGUCUUCCAUAACUAGUCCAUCCCAAUGGCAAGAGCAAUCACAAUCUCCAUGA